GAUCACCAGAAAUUAAGUUCUUAACGGAUAUAUAAGGAUUUGUGCUUUUUUGUAUAACAUGGAUGAAUAGUUGAUUCAUUCUUAAAACGUCUUAAUGUCUUCCAUUGUAUUUAUUAAAACUAUAGACGAACAAACCCCUAAACUAUAUCGUUUAAGUUUAACAGAUGAUUUGUCCAACAUUCGUAAAGAGCUUGAAAAGUAUAAUAUCAUUAAUGAUACGUUAUUGUUCUCAAAAAAAUCUGAAAAAUCUGAAAAUGAAUUUUCUGAAAUAUUACAUGAAUAUGAAGAAAAAUUACUUUUAAAAGAAAUUAUAGAUAAUGCUAAUUCAUGUAAUUAUUUAUAUUUAAUAAAAAAUUCAAGACCGAGUUGGAAAAUUUUAAAUGAAAAAUGUAAACUAGAUUAUGGGUGUACCAUGAGUUUUGAUGGAAUAAAGAAAGCUGAUAAUAGAGCAUUUAUAAUGAAAGAUUGUGAAUUAACUGAAAUUGAUACUACUAAAGGAUAUAAAAAAGGAGAACUCAAAUUUAAAUCGAAAGAAGAUUGGAUGAGGAAAACUAAUUUGUUUACUGAAGGAGAUGAUGCUAAUAUAAUGAGUUUUGUAAAUUUAGGAAUAUCAAUAAAAGGAUUGAGAGAUGAAAAUUUUAAUAAUGAAAUUAAACUAAAAUAUCAAUAUACGGAACUUGGCAAGUUAUUGCUGAAAUUUAAUAAAAAAAAUUUAGUAUUAACUGAAGACUUUGAAAAUGACAUCAAUGAUGCUAUAAAAUCCAAAGAUCCUAGAAAAUUUAGGAAAAUUACUAAGGAGUAUGGUCAAUUCAUUCCAACUGAAAUCAUUUUGGGAGGAAGGGUUUAUUAUAAAGAUUUCGAAAUAUCUUUAGAAAGUUCUGCAGGCUAUUCCGGUGAAGGUUCUAUAAAUGCAAGUAGUAAAUUUUUAAGUAGUGCUGGUAGUUUCAGUGAUUCAGGGGCUAGUGUUGGGCCUUUGAAUUGUAGAAUAGGUGGCGAUUUUAGUGAUUCAAAUAAUAAAUCAAAUUUUUAUAGUUUUAGUCGUAUGAGAUUACUUGGAGGGACAUAUCCUGACGGUGAAAAUUUUGAUGAAAAAUCUUGGAUUAAAUCUUUAAAUGAUUAUCAAAAGUGUGAGUGCAUAGAAUUGAAAAAUCCUGUAAGUAUUUUUCAGCUUUUAUCAGAUGAUUUACGUAGAGCAUCCUUUAAAUCUAUCGGAAAGAAAAUUCUUUAUACAAGUACUGAAACUUAUAACUAUGGUUUAUAUGAACUUGGAAGGCAUGAAGAUUUUGAAUUAAAAAAUAUACCAGAAAAUAUCUUAGAUAUUAUUUUAAAUGAAGAAGCUGAUUGUGAUAUCUUUGCUGCAGUUGUUAAUGCCAAUGAUAAUUCUAAAAAAGUCUUCUUCAACUGUCAAAUCUUCAGAGAACUGAAAGCAAAACCAAGUAUUAUAAUUCAUGGUAUUCAAGAAAAAUUUCAACGAUGUAAAUAUCAACUGAAAAUUAAUAUAAUGAUUAUUGGAUAUGAUAUAAAUUUUAACCACAUUCUUUCAGAUACAAUUGUUCGCUUAAAUAAAGAAGUCUACUAUGCUCCAGAAAGUCCAUGUUUCUUUAAUAGCAUGAAAUUACAAUUUGAAUGUGAUUUAAUAACAAAAAAUAAAUUUUUCUUGGGAAUUCCUAUAUUAAGUAAUUUGGAUUCCUCAAAUAAUUCACUUAUUAUUGGACAUAAUUUUUGCAAUACUAAUUCAAAUAAUAAAUUUAGAACAGAUACAUUUUCUUAUUGUCUAAAAGGCAAAUAUUAUGUUAAUUUACCUAAAUUUACAUUUUGUACAAUCGUUAUUUCAAGUAAUACUACUCCUAAUAAUUCCUAUGAAUCAUUUCUUUUUGAAUUUAACAGAUGGAAAAAUCCAAAUCCAUUUGUUGAUUUUAAAGAGCCAAAUCCAAGAUUUAUUAGUUUAUAUCUAUCAAAAGAUGAUAAUUAUAAUCCAAUUUUCUUGAAUCAGAGAAGCAAGCAAAUUAGCAUAGAAUAUAUUGAUUGCAAUUGCAGUAAAAAUAAUAAAACUUGUUUUAUUUGUAAGAGUAAAAAAUCAAAAGUAUCAGCAAAACAAAAUAAUAUUGAAUGUAAGGUAUACUCUAUAAGUGAUAACAUUGAAAUGAGUUCGUCUUGAACUUGCUUAUUUUAAACCCUCAUUUCAUAUCGAAAUUUUUGUCUCCUUUUUGAGCUAUUUUUUCAAUUUCUUCUUUUUUCUUAUAUAUUACCUAUAUUUAUUUACUGAGUAAAUUUUUCAUAUGACGUCUAUUAGGCAUAAUAAUUUUAUUUUCUUGAGUUUAAGUUGAUUUGUAAUU